ACCAACACCGUGAAGCGCCACCAUGUUAUUGCUGGCACCAGCGCUUUCUUGUCUGAUAUUGCUUAAUAGCUGUCCGAAGCCAGUGAUAAGCUGGCAGCCGAACGACAAAGACGCUUCCGAGAUGUCGCUUCCCGACUACGAUCAGUAUCUUGGCGAGUACAUCAAGCCAGGGGACCGUUUGGCCUUGCUGCUGGACUACGAUGGUACGUUGGCCGAGCUGACCUCCCACCCGAACCUGACGCAGAUGAGCUCCGAGAUGCGCCAGGCGCUGGGAAAUAUUGCCGACAGCGGCAAGGCCUUCGUGGCCGUCAUCUCGGGGCGUGAUGUCGAUGGCGUGAAAGCGAAGAUCGGUCUGGAAAAUAUCAUCUACUCGGGCAAUCACGGGCUGGAGGUCCUGUACCCGAAUGGGACGCGUCACAACCAGGGCAUUCCGGCCAAUGUGGCCGACAACUUUGACAAAAUGAUCGAUCAUCUCAAUCGAGAGGUUGUCCACCAUGGUUCCUGGGUAGAGAACAAGCGCGUAUCGAUAACAUUCCACUUCCGGGAAACUGAGCCACAGUACGUUGGGGACAUGGCCGCACGGGCGAAGGAGAUCAUCGAGUCGUACGGUUACCGGGCGAACGAAGCGCACGCCUCGGUCGAAGGCAAACCACCGGUGCAGUGGAACAAGGGGCUGGCGGCCGAGUACAUCCUCGGGACGAGCUUCGAUCCCAGCUGGCGCCAGCGGAAGGUAAUCUUUGCCGGGGACGACACCACUGACGAGGACGUGAUGAAGAUGAUCAAGGGCAGUGGAAGGUCGUUCCGGGUGACCAAAGAUAAGGCGCUGGUGACGAACGCCGAUUACAAGAUUCCCUCGGUCGGCGCCGUUUACCACCUGCUCAAGUGGAUCGAAUCGAGGCUCGCCGGCUAAACGGGCCAGCUGGGACUGUGUUAACUGGAGCAAAUCGCUGUCAGGAGCGCAAUAAAGAGGGUUGUUUUCUUUUCCGGGCCCGUGAGCCGGAGACAAA